UGUAUUUGUGUCUUUUUAUAGUUAAGUAAAAGGUUUAUUUAUCUCUAAACAGCAGUUCUAAAAAGUCUUUAAAAGCAAGGCACAAGAACCACAGCUAAAAUGACUGUUACCUGCACUGUUAUCUUUGACCCUGCAGUUGCUCUGUCUCUGCUGCUCAACCUGGCUGAAGACACACACACAGAGCUGAAUAUGAGGAACAAAAACAUUGUUCACAUGCUUGUGAAGAUUGUGGAUCGUGAAGAUAAUGAGCUACUGCUGGUUGUUAUCACCUUCCUCAAGAAGCACUCUAUCUUCCUGGAGUGCAAGAAUGACAAUGCUGAUGAGGGCCAGAGACAGCUCAGCAUGUCCAUUCUGUAUAACAUCAGCAUGGACCACAAAUUUAGGUCCAUGUUUGCCGACACAAACUGCAUACCGCAGGUAAGACUGGCUAAUGUACACUGCCAGCAGAGCAAGACACACACAUUAGCAUCAGCAACUAAUGACAUACAAGAAUUAAUGCAUGAGAAACAGAGCGAAAGUGAGAGACACGCCACAUCUGGAACCAAAACCCACCAGAGGAUUGCUGCUCAUUCUUCUGUCAAACUUGAGUCCUGA